AUGCUAUUUGCAUCUGGAUUGCGGAAAGCGGUCGAUCAAGUCGAUCCGUCUGCAGCCGCCAUUUUGGCCACAGCUGAAGAAACCGCUCGUCUGUUGGCCGAAAAGCGACAUCGCCAGAUGAUUCGACGACAUACAUGCAGUACAUUGAAGCCAGAUAUUAAAGAUUUAAAGGUUUUUGCACCUCCACUUGCUAUUAAGGAAGAUGAUGAUGAAGGUGAUGUUGGAAGUGAGGGAAAGGUAAGAUGGGUGGAAGUUGAAUGA